AGUUAUAAAACACAAAUGUAAUGUGUGUGUUUAUGGGCGGAUAAGACAGAAACAAACUGCUGUUCCUCUGACGUUGCUAGUCAUUUAGCCAUCUGGAGGUAUAGCUAACAACUAGCUGGUCUAGCUAGCUGUCACCGGGUUGUUUUGUUCUCUGUAAAAGUGGCCGUUUCUUUUAAAACACAUGAGUGUGUCUCUGGUCGUUAUCCGUUUGGAAUUAGCCGACCAGUCUCCUUGUCCACAGGGUUUCCAGUACUCAGCUGUUGAAGGCAUGUCAGAUGAGGAACUGCAGGAGAAAGCUUUGGGUUUAGCCAAACUCACUCUGGGCGGAAAGACGGAGCUGGAAAGAGCAGCAGUCCUGCACCAACACAUCGGCAGCAGAGCGAUGGGGGACAUGGUUAUAGAGACCUUUGAGCCCAGCCCAGAUAAAGGUGGAGGUGAAGACUCCAGCGGCUCAGCGGAGCAGAACGGUGAAGCUCAGGCUGAAGCAGACAGUAAAUCAGCUACUGAAGGUUCACAGGACGGCAGCGCAGCUACAGGAACCACUCCAGACUCCCCCUCCAAGCAGCUGCCGGACCAGAUCUCCUUCUUCAGCGGGAACCCCUCGGUGGAGAUCAUCCACGGUAUCAUGCACCUCUACAAGACCAACAAAAUGACGUCUCUGACUGAAGACGUCAGACGUAGCGCCAUGGUCUGCAUCCUCACUGUCCCCGCCACUAUGACCAGUCAUGACCUCAUGAAACUCUUGGCGCCGUUUAAUGAGGUCAUGGAGCAUAUGAAGAUCAUACGGGACUCCACUCCAAACCAGUACAUGGUCCUGAUAAAGUUCUGUACACAGGCAGAUGCAGACAGUUUUUACACGGCGUGUAACGGCCGCCAAUUCAACUCUAUAGAGGAAGCAGUUUGCCAACUGGUGUAUGUGGAACGAGCGGAAGUUAUCAAGUCUGAAGAGGGAGCCAGUCUGCCGGUGAUGGAGUUGACCGAGCUGCCAAAAUGCACCGUGUGUUUGGAGAGAAUGGACGAGUCCGUCAACGGCAUCCUGACGACCCUCUGCAACCACAGCUUCCACAGCCAGUGUCUCCAGCGGUGGGAAGACGCCUCGUGUCCUGUGUGUCGCUACUGUCAAACACCAGAACCGGUGGAAGAGAACAAGUGUUUUGAGUGCGGAGUUCAGGAGAACCUGUGGAUUUGUUUGAUCUGUGGGCACAUCGGUUGUGGUCGCUACGUUAGCCGGCAUGCUUACAAGCACUUUGAGGAAACACAGCAUACUUACGCUAUGCAGCUCACCAACCACCGUGUCUGGGACUACGCAGGAGAUAACUACGUGCAUCGACUGGUGGCCAGUAAGACUGAUGGGAAGAUGGUUCAGUAUGAAUGUGAGGGAGACACCUGCCACGCUGAGAAGAUUGAUGCACUUCAGUUAGAGUACUCAUACCUGCUGACCAGUCAACUGGAGUCUCAGAGGAUCUACUGGGAGAAUAAGAUCGUUCAUCUGGAGAAGGAGACAGCUGAGGAGAUAAACAACAUGAAGGCUAAAUUUAAGGAGACUCUGGAGCGCUGUGACAACCUGGAGCAGCGGUUUGGAGAAAUAAGCAAAGAUAAGCAGAGCAUAGAGAAAAAGUACACUCAGCUGAACAGUCGAGUGGUGAAGCUGAGUCAGGAGCUGAAGGAGGAGCAGGAGAUGAACCACUGUCUGAGAGCCAAUCAGGCGCUGCUGCAGUCCCAGCUGGCCGAGGAGGAACGCAAAGGAAAAGAAAUCGGAGAUCGUAAGGACGAGACGAUCGCAGAACUGCAGGAGCAGCUGAGAGACGUGAUGUUUUAUCUGGAGACCCAGCAGCAGAUCGAACACCUGCCUCCAGAGGCUCGCAGCGAAAUCCAAGAGGGACAGAUCAACAUCGCCGCCAGCCCGUCGGACUCAGCGGGAGCCGGCCCCUCCUCCGGCAGAGGCAGGAGAGGCCGGGGCAGAAAGAGGAAGUAGGCGGCGAUGGUUUUUAAAAAAAAAAAAGUGACCUGGAAAGUGCUGCUGCUGCUGCUCUCUCAGUCGCGUGUCUACGACUGAGCUCUGUCCAUUUGUUAAACAUGUGUCUCAAUCAUUGUGGUUCCCCCCCCCCCCCAGAAAGCACAAAAAGAAAGAAGAGGAACAAAGACUCGAUAGUAGACGCUUGACUCCUUGAAGAAAGAGUAAAUAGAGAUGAUAUUUACCUGCACACCUUAACUUAAUGUAGCUUCAGCGAGAAGGAAAGUGAUGAACUGAUGUACGACGUUAAAGACACGAAAACCUUUUAAUGGUUUCCAAAUAUAUUUAACAUCUGUGUGAUGUAAAUAUAUUCUGCUGUUUUCCAAAUCUAAAAGAGCAUCUAUUUUGGUCAUAAAUGAUAUUUAUUUGAUCAAAAUUAUGUUCAUUUUUGCCUUGUUAAUAUUCUUCUAUUGUGCCCAGUUUAAUACUAAUGUAAUCUUACGAUCUUAAAGUCUGUUUGACAUCCUUAGAUUUUUUUUUUUUAAAUUUAAAGAUGUUAUUUUUUGUUUUUCUUGUACACAUGAGAGCAGGACGAAGAGGCUGAGAGAUGAAUGUUUGAUUUGUGUAAAAGAAAAUGAAGUUUUUGUCACCUUUUAGGCUUUUUGUCUGUUCUUAAGUAAAAUGCUGAAAUGUU